CGUGUUUCGAUUUUUGCACAGCCUCCCAGCCAAGAUGGUUCAUCAAUCGCAGUGUCAAGUUCAACAGUCUGCUGCGUGCAGCGUGCCCAAUGAUGGCAUGUCAUUGCUAGGUUGAUUUGGCUUACAGCGCUUUCGUACUUGUGGUUUUUCGUACCAUCUUCUCUGAUGCCAAGUGAAGCUUGUCCAUUUUCUUUUCUGCCUUGUUUGAGGGCUUGUUGAGGUUCAUGUCGCCCCUUCCCCAAGUUGGGCUUGUCUAUUCCAGCCGAGCCAAGAUCGAGCUCAAGCUGAAGAAGACCAGCUCCCUCCCAUGGCGUGUUGCAUUCUACGCCCUGCGACGACGAAACAUGGGAUAUUUGCCGCCUCCGGAUCGCCCCGUGGCAGGUUGACGCGACGAUAUCGCGAGAAUCGACCUUGCCACCCAGUGCCGCAAAGUUUACUCUGUCGCCGUCCAAAUGUAUAACAGAAGCCAUGUGCCCUGGUCACCAUCCUCAACUGAGCUUCUACUCCUUCUUCUUCCCCACCGCCAACUCACAAAAGGUUGCCGACAGAGUCGCAACCGCGGGGUCAUCUUUGUUGUUUUCCAAACACACUCUUUUUCAUCAUACCACUUGCUUGGUCUGCCGCCUGGUGCCGGCUUUUAAUUCUAUUGAUAGUUCUAUUGAAUGAGCUCUCCUUUUUGCCUGCUGGUUGCUAGGCUUUAUUUUCUGCCGUCGUCCUUCAUUCCUUCUUCCAUUAUAACCAACGAACCCUCCAGUCUGUCAAGGGUUGAGUAGACCUAUUGAGAGAUCAAUAUGGUUCCCAGCACAUUUAACAACAGGGUCCAGCCGAUAGACGAGGAUUCCCCGGUGGACCCGCAGACGCAUCAAUUUCCGGCAGAUCCCUCCUUCGAGCGGGUGAUGGUAGCCAGCCACGGCCGCACUCCGAGCAGCGCCACAACCAUCCGCCCUCCCACCGCCGCGUCUUCUCAACUCAACCCAUUUGCGACUCCGGCGACAAGGAGUCGUUCCUCCAGCCUGGCGACUGCGAUAGGCGCCCCGCCCGUCGACGUCGACGCGGCGUUGAGACCCGACCCCGGCACUGAGGCCGACUUCAAGGUUGACAACAAUCCCUUUGCAUUCAGUCCAGGGCAACUCGGCAAGCUCCUCAACCCUAAGUCACUAGAUGCAUUUCGGGCUCUUGGCGGUCUGAAGGGUAUUGAGAGGGGAUUACAGACCGACGUAACGACAGGGUUGAGCGUUGAUGAGAUUUCGGCACCCUACAGAAUAUCAUUCGAGCAUGCAGUCAACCCCUAUAUCAAGACCUCCGAGAAACAGGUCAACAUUGCUGCCGCAACCGUCUCGGGCCGUUUUUUUGACCGAGCAAGGGUAUUCGGCAAGAAUGUGCUACCAUCAAAGAAGGCCACUCCAUUAUACAAGCUGCUGUGGAACGCAUACAAGGAGAAGGUUCUCAUCGUUCUCAGCAUCGCUGCCGCUAUCUCAUUAGCCCUAGGCCUGUAUGAGACCUUCGGCGGUGAGCACCCCCCAGGGUCACCACUGCCUGUGGACUGGGUCGAAGGGGUGGCCAUUGUAGUUGCGGUUGUCAUUGUCGUCGUGGUCGGCGGUCUUAUGGAUUGGCAGAAGGAACGCGCAUUAGUCCGACUGAACAAGAAAAAAGACGACCGUGAGAUCAAGGUCAUUCGCUCUGGCCGCGCUCAAGUUAUUAACGUCGAGGAGCUUCUCGUUGGUGACGUUAUCCAGCUGGAGCCUGGGGACGUGAUACCCGUUGAUGGUAUCUUCAUAUCCGGCCAUGACGUCAAGUGCGACGAAUCCACUGCCACGGGCGAGUCGGAAGCGCUCAAGAAGACUGGCAGAGAGCAGGUUAUGCGCAUGCUCGAGUCGGGCACCAAACUCAAAGACCUCGACCCCUUCAUAAUUUCUGGAGCCCGUGUGCUUGAGGGCGUUGGUAGUUAUGUCUGUACGUCAGUUGGCGUACACUCGAGCUUUGGCAAGAUCAUGAUGAGCAUUCGGACCGAGGUCGAGCCUACGCCCCUCCAGGUCAAGCUUGGGGGUCUUGCUAUCAACAUCUCCAAGUGGGCUGUUAGCUCUGCGUCCUUUCUAUUUUUCGUUCUCUUGUUCCGCUUCCUGGGAAACCUUUCCAACGACCCGCGUUCGCCCGCAGAGAAGGCUUCCUUCUUCCUUGAUAUCUUUAUCGUCGCCAUAACUGUUAUCGUUGUUGCCGUGCCUGAAGGUCUACCACUGGCUGUUACCCUUGCACUUGCAUUCGCCACCAAGCGUCUUUUGAAAGAAAACAACCUCGUCCGAGUCCUCCGCUCCUGUGAGACCAUGGGAAAUGCCACCACUAUUUGCUCAGACAAGACUGGUACGUUGACUACCAACAAGAUGACCGUUGUGGCUGGUACCUUCGGCUCGACCAAGUUCGACAAGGCUUCCGAAAACCCAUCCGCCUCCUCUGCCAGCGUUGCGCAGUGGUCGUCGGCCCUUUCGCAAGCCGCCAAGGAUGCCAUAAUUCAGUCUGUCGCCAUCAACUCGACGGCGUUUGAAGGCGAGGAGAAUGGUCAAUUUGCCUUCAUCGGUUCCAAGACGGAGACGGCUCUCCUUCAGCUUGCUCGUGACCACCUGGGCAUGACGUCGGUCGCAGAGGUCCGCGCCAACGAGUCGAUCGUCCAGAUCAUGCCAUUCGAUUCAUCCAAGAAGUGCAUGGCUGCAGUCAUUGAGCUCCGUAAUGGUCAAGGUUACUCCCUGCUCGUCAAGGGUGCCUCUGAGAUCCUGCUCAACUACUGCAACCAAAAGGUUGAAGUUGUCACUGCCGGAUCAGCUACCAGCCUGAGCAUCAAUGAUCUGACUCCAUCGGACAAUAUGGUCAUUAGCGGUACAAUCGAAUCAUAUGCUCGCCAAUCUCUCCGUACUAUUGGCCUUGUGUACCGCGACUACCAAUCAUGGCCUCCGCCAGAGGUCCAUGGGGAUGAAGAAGGCCAUGUAAAGCUUUCUGACAUUCUUCGAGACCUCGUGUUCCUUGGUGUGGUCGGCAUCCAAGAUCCUGUGCGCCCGGGAGUGCCUGAGGCCGUGGCAAAGGCCAAAAUGGCUGGCGUUAUGGUGCGCAUGGUUACUGGUGAUAACGCUGUUACUGCUCAAGCCAUUGCUACUGAAUGCGGCAUCUUCACUGGAUCUCACGAAGGAGUUAUAAUGGAGGGUCCUGUUUUCCGCACCCUGGGCGAUGCUGAAAUGACGGCUAUCGUCCCUCGCCUGCAGGUCCUGGCUCGCUCCUCGCCCGAGGACAAACGCAUCCUCGUCCGCAAACUCAAAGCUCUUGGUGAGACUGUCGCCGUCACCGGAGAUGGCACCAACGAUGCGCCUGCACUUAAGGCAGCAGACGUCGGGUUUUCUAUGGGCAUUUCGGGCACCGAAGUCGCCAAAGAAGCGUCCCAAAUCAUUCUCAUGGAUGACAACUUUAGCUCAAUCAUCGUUGCCCUUAAAUGGGGUCGUGCCGUCAACGAUUCGGUGCAGAAGUUUCUGCAGUUCCAAAUCACAGUUUCCAUUACGGCCGUCAUUCUUGCCUUUGUUUCUGCAGUCAGUCACCCGGAAAUGAAGUCGGUUCUCACAGCCGUGCAGCUCUUGUGGGUCAACCUCUUCAUGGAUACCUUCGCUGGCAUUGUCCUGGCCACGGAUCCACCGACCGACCGGAUUUUAAACCGUCCACCUCAGGGCAAGUCGGCACCUCUCAUCACGAUCAACAUGUGGAAGAUGAUCAUUGGCCAGUUCAUCUUCCAGAUUGCGCUGACGGUGAUCCUGUACUUUGUUGGCGGCAAGAUAUUUGAAUAUGACAUGUCUGACCCUAACCGAGUUGAUCAGCUCGCGACUAUGGUUUUCAACACUUUUGUGUGGAUGCAGAUCUUCAACGAGUUUAACUGCCGUCGCCUCGACAACGGCUUCAAUAUAUUUGAGGGGUUACAACGGAACCCAUUCUUCAUUACCAUCAACACGUUCAUGGCCGGCUGUCAGGUCGCCAUCGUCUUCGUAGGCGGAAAGGUUUUCUCCGUCGUGCCCCUCGAUAGCGUUCAAUGGGCCGUCUGUAUCAUACUACCGAUGCUUUCUAUCCCUUGGGCCAUGGUAGUCCGCUGCUUUCCAGAUGAAACAUUUGGACGGAUAGUCGCCAUCGCCACGAAGCCGUUUGUCAAGGCCUACGAGGUCUGCGCACGGGUCUUUGCUCCUCUGACGCGGCUGUUUGCCAAGAAGGGAAAGAAGAGCGAUGGAAAUGGUAGCGAGUCGGAGAAGGUGUAAAGUCAUAUUUUCUGUUUUGGUUAGAUGGAGGGUAAAAGCACACAUUUUGUACAUCACCUGUUAAUACGACUUUUCCGUUUCUUUUUUUCUUUUGCCUCUAAAUUUCCCGCAACACAAGGUACAUUGCAUUCCAUAGAACACGACCGCAAUAUGCAGGAUAAGAGCACACUCAUUUGCUUAACAUUUGGGUCUGAAGGAUGGGAUCAAAAAGUCAUGAGCGUGUCCUCUGUUUCUCCUUUUUGGGCAACGUCAGGAUAGCCUCUUGAUGGACUUGGAUUGUCGACUUUUGUUAACUAUUUUAUUAUGUAUGAAUACGCAGGCUAUAGACUUUAACACGAAUAUACCGG